AUGGCUCCCUCACGUACCUCUCCAGACCCUCCCUCAACAAAACAGAAUGGCCUCUCAAAGGAGCAGGUGGCAACCUUUGAGCGCGAUGGCUAUCUCAUCAUUCCCGACGCUCUUGACCCUGAAACCGUCACAUCCCUCCUUACAGAAACGCAGUCCCUCCUCGAGAACUUCCCCCUCGAAGACCAUCCUAUGACCAAAUUCUCCACCGGUGAGAAAAGCGAACAUGUAGGAGACGAUUACUUCCUAUCCAGCGGUGACAAGAUCCGAUUCUUCUUCGAAGAAGACGCAUUCGACAGCGCCGGCAACCUCACCAAACCCAAAUCCAAAGCCAUCAACAAGAUCGGGCAUUAUCUCCACGCGCUCUCUCCUCCCUUCGCGGCUCUCCUCUCGCCAACAUCCGCGCACUCGCCCGGCGCCAUCGCCCGCUCCCUCGGCUUCCGCGCCCCGCAGUGCCUACAGAGCAUGGUCAUCUGCAAGCAGCCUGAGAUUGGCGGCGCCGUGCCGCCGCACCAGGACUCGACCUUCCUGUACACGGACCCGCCAUCGGCGGUGGGCUUCUGGUACGCGCUUGAAGACGCGACGGUGGAGAAUGGCUGUCUGAGUUUUCUCCCCGGGAGCCAUAGGACGGCCGAGGUGGGGAAGAGGUUUGUGAGGAAGAGGGAUGGGAAGGGUACGGAGUUUGUGGAAAAUGAGGGCAGGAGGUUUCCGCUAGGGAAGGAAUAUGGUGUGGGUAGUGUGGAGGGAGAGUAUAAGUUGGGGGAGGUUAAGGCGGGGAGCUUGGUGCUGAUUCAUGGUAAUUUGUUGCAUAAGAGUGAGAAGAAUGUUAGCCAGAAGGGGAGGAUCAUUUAUACGUUCCAUGUCAUUGAGGGCGAGGGGGCAGUUUACGAUGAGAGGAACUGGCUACAACCCCCGAAGGAGGGGUUCACGAAAUUAUGA